AUGGCUUCCGCAAUGAGGUCUGUCCUCUCAAGAGGUUACGCAACCGCUUCAGCUGUCAAAGCUCCCAUCCAACUCAACUCCCUCACUGGUACUUAUGCCACCUCGACCUACCUCGCUGCUUUGAAGAAGUCUCCCAAGGAUUUGGAAAGUUUAGCAAAGGAUAUUGAGGCUUUCGACAAGAAGAUCAAGGAAGAUGCCAAGGUAUCUGCUUUCAUCCAAAACCCCACUCUCUCAGCUUCCGAACGAACCAAAGCUCUCUCCUCAGUCGUUCCUUCCGGCUCUUCACCCAUCCUCCUCAACCUCCUUACCGUUUUAUCCGAGAACGGUCGACUCUCAUCCGCUCCCAAGGUAUUCGCAGAUUUCGGUUCUCUCAUCUCUGCUUACCGUGGUGAACUCGAGGUUGUCGUCACCUCUGCUGAACCAUUAGAUAACAAGGCGCUCAACAGGAUUGACAAGGCUUUGCAAGGUACGGAGAUCGCUAAGGGAAAGACUUUGAAGGUUGUUAACCGGGUCAACCCAUCAGUCCUUGGUGGUCUCCUCGUUGACUUCGGAGACAAAUCGAUCGAUCUCUCAGCUUCUUCCAAAGUCAACAGAUUCAACACUGCUCUUACCCGUGAGUAA